CUUUGGCGCUUGGGAAGUUAAGUUCGUAUUUUGAGGAAUUUACCUCGUUUAACCAAGUUCAAAUAGUUUUAAGAAAGGGGACAAGAUGCAAAAGGCGCGUCCCAGCAAGGGCACGCCCAGGGGAGCCCAGGGUGCACGUCCGAGCGGUCAGUUCCGGGUGCCGCAACUAACUGCCCAGCAAUUGCGGGCCCAGCAACAGCAGGAGGAGGAGGACGCCGCCAUGGACGCCCUGGACGAUGCCCUGAUCUUCGAUGACGAGGAGGGCGGCACCCGGAUCGGCGACAUAUACAUUCCGCCUCCUGUGCCGCCACAUUGCUCCAUGGAGAGCGUGGGGCCGCGACUGAUCAUCGCGAAGAUUGUGAACCACAAUUUCAAGAGCUAUGCCGGCAAAGUGGUACUGGGACCGUUCCACCAGAGUUUCACGGCCAUCAUUGGACCAAAUGGCAGUGGCAAGAGCAAUGUCAUCGACUCCAUGAUGUUCGUCUUUGGCUGCCGUGCGAACCGCAUUCGCUGCAAGCGCGUCUCAACCCUGAUCCACUCCUCCGCGAAAUUCCAAAAUCUCCGGAGUUGCUCGGUGGCGGUGCACUUCAAGCAGAUUGUAGACAAGGGCGACGGCAGCUGCGAAGAUGUGCCGAACUCCGACAUUGUCAUCGAACGCACAGCCAUGUCGGACAACUCGUCCUACUAUCUGGUGAACGGAAAGCGGGCCCAGCUCAAAGAUGUGGCCAAACUGCUAAAGCAGCACCAUGUGGAUCUGGAGCACAAUCGCUUCCUUAUCCUGCAGGGCGAAGUAGAGUCCAUUGCCAUGAUGAAGCCAAAGGGGCAGACGGAAAACGAAACGGGAAUGCUGGAAUAUCUGGAGGACAUUGUGGGCACCAAACGUUAUAUUCGCCCGCUUCAGCAGAUCAACCAGAGGGUGGACCAGCUCACCGACGACCGCACGGAGAAGCACAACCGCUGCAAGCUGGCUGAGCGCGAGAUGAAGGAUCUGGAGCAGCCCUUCAACGAGGCCGUCGAUUAUCUGAAGAAGGAGAACGAGAUGGUGCGCACCAAGUCCGUGCACAUCCAGAAAAUUGUGAGCAUCAAGAAGACCAAGCUGGAGCAGUACACCAAGGAGCACGAAACGUGUGUGGAAGAGAUCAAAACCCACGACGAGGGAACUGCUGCCCUGAGACAAGAACGGGAAGAGAAGGAGACCGUAGUCCGAAAGGAAAUCGAAGCCUACGAAUCUUUGGUAAAGACUCGCGAACAAAUCAAAAAGAGGCUGGCGACUGUCGAGAGGGCUCACACCGAAAUCCAAAGCACCAUGGAGAGCACAAACAAACAGCGCAAGAAGGACAAAACCCAGAUGGAGAAGAACGAGAAGGAGCUGGAGGAUCUGCAUAAGUUACCUGAAAAAAAUCAACGCGAGAUCGAAGAUUGCACUCAAAAACUGGAGAGUCUGGAAAAGAAUAAGGUGACGCUGAAUGAAGAGCUCGAAAAGCAGCAGGCCGAGCUCACAAAAACCACGGCCCCAUUGACCGAGAAACGCCUGCAGCUCAGUGACGAUUUGGUGGGCCUCAACGGGAAGGUCAAUGCAGCCAAAACGGAGCUGCAGGUGCUCGAGUCCCAGCUAAAGAUCCUCAAACAGGCAGAGACCACCGAGUCCAGGAAAUAUGCGACCCUAAAGAGCUCAUACGAGCAGUCGCAAAAGAGUCUCGAGGAGAAGGUGACCAGGGUGGAUGAGUUGAACGAAAGCAUUCCUCGCAUGAAGAGCGAAAUAGCAAACAAGACAGCGGAAGUGGACAAAAUGGUCAAAGAGGAGCGUAAUCUAUCCAUGCAGUGCAACAAGCUUCGAACAGAGAUCAACGAAAGAUCGAGCGUUAUGCAGGCUCAGCGCUCGAAUAACAAAGUUCUGAACUUCCUAAUGCGUCUCAAGAUGGAGGGCAAAAUCCCAGGCAUUCUGGGACGGCUCGGUGACUUGGGUGGCAUAGAUGCCAAGUAUGAUGUGGCCAUUUCGACGGCUUGUGGACGCUUGGACAACAUUGUCACGGACAGCUAUGACACAGCAGCGGCGGCCAUUGCCGCCCUUAAGGAGUACAACGUGGGCCGAGCAACCUUCAUCACGCUGGACAAGAUUGAGCAACAUCGUCGCGAUGCCAAUUCAAGGAUAAACACACCAGAAAACGUUCCUAGACUAUACGACCUCGUUAAGGUGGAGGACGACCGUGUGAGGACAGCCUUCUUUUUCGCCCUGCGAAAUACAUUGGUGUGCGACGACCUGGACCAGGGCACACGCAUUGCCUACGGCAGAGAACGCUUCCGGGUGGUGACGCUGCGUGGCGAGAUGAUCGAGAUGACGGGCACGAUGUCCGGUGGUGGCAAUCGCCCUGUGCGCGGCAAAAUGGACACCCAGGUGCGCACCAAGACGGCAGAAUCGGCUGACAACUCGCAGAUGACACAGAAGGCGCUGGAAGAGAUGCAGAUACAGGCGGAGGAGCUGCAGGCCCGGGUUAACUACUGCCAGGAGCAGCAGGGUAGUCUUGAGCGCGAGAUUCACACCCUGAAGAUGGGACUGCAGCGGGACGAGGCGGAGUAUAAGAAGCUGGCGGUGAGCAUUGCUUCCCUGGAGCAGCAGAUGGCCAGCAAUCUGAAACAGUGCGAGGCGCAGCGCCAGCGGAUGCUCAAGAAGACAACGGACGAGGGUGCCGUAAAAGAGCUCGAGGAGCAAAUCAAAGCAGCCAAGCAAGAGGUGGAACAGGCCCAAUUUGCCGAGCAGGCUGUAACCAGCCAAAUCGAGGAGAUCCAGACCCAGUACGAUACCCUGAGGAACGACAACGUCAAGCCCGUGGAGGCCAAAAUCAAGAAAGUGGGCAGCCAGAUCGAGAAGCUGGCCGCCAAUGUGCGCUCCCUGAAGGUGGCCUUGACCUCCGCUGAUCGCAACAUUAAGAAGAUCACUGAAAACAAUAAUAAUCUUCGAGAGAACAUAACAGCUGCAGAGGAAAAAUUGAAAUCGUUAAACGAGGACCGCAAUAAGUGUGAGGAGAAGAAGAAGGAGCUGGAAAAGGAAGCCGGGGAGGCGGACGCCGCCAUCGAGAGUGCCAAAUCUCAAUCCUCCGAUAUCAAGAAACAAAUUGAUGAGAUCACCAAGGAGGAAAAUAAAAGAAACCUCGAUCGCAUUGAAAUAGAUGCUAAGUUGCAAGCGGCUGCAGGAAAGAUGAAUAAGGUGAAGGCAGAAAUUCCCGGUUGGCAGUCUCAACUGGUCCCCUUGAAGCUCAACGAGAUUCCUGGAGAAACGGAACCACCAGCGCCCCUCAAAGAGCUCAGUGAGGAGGAGCUGGAAGCUGAGUCCUUGGAGGCGCUGCAGUACAAGCAAACGAUGCUGGAGGAAGAUCUAAAGACAAAGAAGCCCAACCUGGGAUGCAUCAAGGAGUUCAACGAAAGGCGCAUCGUCUACCUGGAUCGCGUCCGUGUCCUGGAGGACAUUACUUCCAAGCGAAACGAGAUGCGCGACAAGUACGAGGAGGUUCGAAAACGUCGCUACAAGGAGUUUAUGGCUGGAUUCUUCAUCAUCACGCGAAAACUGAAGGAAAUGUACCAGAUGAUUACGCUGGGCGGCGAUGCCGAGCUAGAGCUGGUGGACUCCAUGGACCCCUUCAAUGAGGGUGUGAACUUCACGGUGCGGCCGCCCAAGAAGAGUUGGAAAUACAUUUCGAAUCUAUCGGGUGGGGAGAAGACUCUUUCCUCGCUGGCCCUUGUAUUUGCCCUGCACUACUACAAGCCCUCUCCGCUGUACUUUAUGGAUGAAAUUGAUGCGGCGCUUGAUUUCAAAAACGUGUCCAUUGUGGGUCACUAUAUUAAGGAACGUACGAAGAACGCCCAGUUCAUCAUUGUUUCCCUCCGUGUAAACAUGUUCGAACUGGCCAACUAUCUGGUGGGCAUAUACAAAGUCAGCGACUGCACGUCGUCGUGCACCGUGCGAAACCAUCCGCCCGACCUGGCCAGUAAACAGGCGACGCAUCCGCACAGUCAGUAUGCAGGCGAAACGGUCGCGCGGGAUCAAACCUUGCCACCCGUGAACAAUGAGAACCAAUCACCGGACUCUCAAGCCAGACCGUUAGAACAAGUCACCAACAUGGCCAAACAGGUGGGCAGGGAAACAACCUUUGCUCCGCCGUUGGAAAGCACGGCAAGAGAAACCAUCAGGCCGUCAGAGCCAGGAGGUCAAACGAGCCGUCAGCAAGGAAGAGAAACCACUUUUGCUCCCACAAUCGAGAGCACGGGAAGAGGUACCACAUUUGAACAAGCUGUGGACCGCGCCGUCGUUAUAGAUGUACUUGAAGUGCCAAAUGCUCCGCAAAGAUUAUCCACGGAUGUUAACUUGGAGAGUCCACCCUCAUCCCCAACUGUGGAUAAUGCUUAAAAGCAAAAUAUUUAUAGUAUUAUUCCAUAGUAAGCUGUAGCUCGAUUGAGGCCCGUUUACUCAUCUUUAUGUUAGGCUGCAAGUUGUAAACGGCAAAAAUCGUUAUUAUAUAUUAAUUUAAACGUUGGUGGGAAAGCGGGCUUUUACAUGAUUUAUAUUUAUUCAGUAAUUUACGAUAACAAAAAUGAUUAAAUAAUAGUUGUUCUUUAAGAAAACAAACAGUAACCAACGGAUGGUAAAGAAAAAUGUGUAAAAGGCUCACCUGUAUUUUAAGUUUAAUAAAGGCAGUUGUUUGGGCAA